CUUUAUGAUGAAUACACAAUACCUCAAGCGAUACCCUCAAGAGACGCACAUGGAUAAUAUCAAACAAAUCCUUGCUGCUUCUCUAACACACGAAGAGCGUAUGGAAAUUAUUCGUUAUUUACAAAACUGUGGUUCUUUAGAUAUUAUUGGAAGACUUCCUAUCCACUUAAGCGCCAGAAUACUUUCUUAUUCGACGCCUUUUGAGCUAUGCAAGUUAAGACUAGUGUCUAGGCUAUGGAGCAAAGUCUGCACGCACGAUAUAAUAUGGAGACGGUUUUGUGUCGAAUACAAAAUGAUAGACAACGAUAGCACGGUCUCCUAUACCGACCAGUCCCUUUAUUAUAGCUUGUUUCGACGUUCAAUGACAAUGACAAAAACAUGGAAAACACUCGACUGUAAACGUGUUGAAAUGCGGUAUCAUACAGGCCCUGUACUCUGUAUGCUUAUAGCUCAUGUCACGCGCAUCUUUACUGGCGAUAUUGACGGUAAAAUACACGUAUGGGAUACGCAGAGUCAGAAACACUGCUUUAUACAGGCACAUAAAAGCCAUGUAUCAUGCUUAGUUGACAAUGGACAAAUGAUUGCAUCCGGUUCUGCUGAUACGACAAUUCAGAUCCAUCAUCUGAUCAAUUUGACACACGCAGCCCAAUUAGUUGGCCAUGAAGGACCCGUAACAGCACUCGCGUAUACCAACAAUUACGAAGAGCAUAUAUUGAUCAGUGGGUCAAUCGAUCGCACCAUUCGAUUAUGGGACACACGACACGGUACUUGUCUUCGCAUCUUACACGGUCAAGAAAACACAAUCAAUUCCAUUGUGUAUUGUCCGCGAUUUUCACUUCGAUUCUGUCAAUCAGAGCAAGAAACAAGAACAGUACAGACAAACAAAGCAGGCUAUAUUGUCUCAAGUUCAAGCGAUCAAAGUGUGUUUGUAUGGGAUCUAAAGACGUCUUUGGUCAACGAUAUUCCAGAAGUCAUUGGAUCGAUUAUGGACACCAAUGGUCCUGUGUCAGCCAUGGCUGUGUAUGAUGAGUUUUUGGGAGAAGAAGCGGAAGAACAGACGAUAAAUGAAUACACAGUUGCAAGAAGACCUAUCCAUAUUCCAACAUUUGUUGCUUAUGCGGGACAGGCAGACACGGGUAUCUCAAUUUUUUCUUUACCUGGUUUAGAGAAAACUUAUGUAGAAGCACCUAAUGUACAUCGUGGUACUAUUUGGUCUAUAUCAGCUGCCACUAUUCAUUCAAAACUUAUUACAACAUCAGGCGAUAGAACAGCCAUUAUGUGGGAUCUUAAAUCAACCAAAAGAAGUCUAACAUUAGGAGGGUUUGAUAGUGCAGUUGUGUCUUCUGCUGUUUCUCCUCAAGAGGAGUUCCUGUGCUUUGGAACAGAAAAAGGCUGUAUCGUCUUGUUUGAUUUACAAGAAUUCAGAUAAAAAAAAAC